UCUGUUGGUAAAUGUGUAGGCUUUCGUUUGCCGGGUGGGGCAAAACUGAAGUGUGCUGAUAGUGUAGUAGGAGUUGAGCAUAGAAAUAGUGACUUGUGAAUGGUUGUGUUUGGGUUAACAAUUGAUAGUGUAAGUGUUGCUAUAACUUGGUUAGGUGUUUGUGUUGAAUGUAAACACUGAACUAAGUAUUAUUUUGUAGAACAAAAGGUUAUUGUGUAAAUAUUAUUUUGUAUUAUUCGGGACUUCCAGUUCAGACCAAGUUUACGAACUAUGUCGAAAACAUCUGAAGAUAGAUUAAAAGUCAUUGCCAGACAUUUGAUGGGGAUUAAUGUAGCCAGAGGAAAUUUGGGUAUGAAUGAAACUGCUGCUAGCGAUGAGUACAAAAGUGAUCUUAUUCCUCAAGACGUUCAAAGUGCCGUACCGAAGAGAAGAACUGACCUGCUGAAGUGGAAUGGAUGGGGAUACAAGGACUCCAGGUUCCUCGUCAACAACAGAGACAUCAUCGAAUUUACUGGAUCUAGAUAUCCAAUUGGCCAGCAAGAGUUGCCGUACUUCACUGAAUGGGUGGUGAAAAAGCUCAACGUGAACCUUUACGAACGCAAAGCUCCAAAAGAUGUUCCUAAAGAGUUUCCUCCUUCAAAAGUUGGACAAGAUUUCCUAGACAGAAUGACAGAGGAGGGCAUUUCAUUCUCAGUAGAUGGCAUGGACCGACUGGUUCGUUCCCAUGGACAGACUCUCCAUGACAUUUUUAACCUACGAUGUUCUGGCACCCUGGAAAGAAUACCAGACUUAGUCAUCUGGCCUGGUAGCCACAGCGCAGUGGAGAGAGCUGUGAGGUUGGCAGAUGAGUAUAACAUUGUUGUGAUUCCAUAUGGUGGUGGCACCAGCGUCUCUGGCAGUGUAACUUGUCCUUCAGGAGAACAGCGAGUUGUGAUGGCAUUGGACACUUCGCAGAUGAACCGGUUGCUCUGGUUAAACCGGGACAACCUGACGGCCUGUGUAGAAGCUGGUAUAAUAGGGCAGGACUUGGAGAGAGAGUUGCAGUCUCGAGGCUUCACCUGUGGCCAUGAACCUGACUCGUAUGAAUUCUCCAGUCUGGGAGGAUGGGUUGCCACUCGGGCGUCGGGAAUGAAGAAGAACACAUAUGGUAACAUCGAGGACCUCAUAGUGAAAGUGAGGAUGGUGACUCCUCGUGGGGUACUGGAUAAGCCUUGCCAGGGUCCUCGGGUCUCAAGUGGACCAGACUUCAAUCAUGUUAUUCUCGGUUCAGAAGGUACCCUGGGAGUUGUAACUGAAGUGGUGCUGAAAAUUCGGCCUCUGCCUCGGUGUAAGAAAUAUGGUUCCAUAGUGUUCCCAGACUUUGAGACUGGUGUGAGGUGCAUGAGGGAAGUAGCCAGACAGCGCUGCCAACCGGCCAGUAUUAGGCUGAUGGACAAUGAACAGUUCCAAUUUGGCCAAGCCCUUCGGCCAGAAACUGGUUACUUUGGAUCGCUCAAGGAGGGUCUCAAGAAAACCUUCUUGACAAAACUGAAGGGCUUCAGCCUGGACCAAGUCUGUGUAGCAACACUGCUGUUUGAAGGGGACCCAGAAGAUGUUGCCAGUCAGGAGAAGAGGAUCUACAAGAUUGCAACGGCAGUUGGCGGUCUUGCAGCAGGAGAAACUAAUGGAGAACGGGGCUACACUUUAACCUUUGUCAUAGCUUAUAUUAGGGUAAAGAAUCAAUCGAUUUUUAUUUUAAGAUCACUUUUGCUCUAAAUAUCUCUCUCAUUU